AGAGCAGCAGGGAGCUGUGUGGAUGGGUGAGGUGUAUGUGUGCCUGCUUAAACAGGCCAGAAAAGCCAAACUUCAGAAACCUGCAUAUGUACAGAACAAAUCAACUGAAGGGGGUCUUAUUAAUCUGCCGUCUGUGAAUUUCGUUAUUUUUCAGCUCUCUCGCAGGAGUUCGUGUGGACGGGUCCAGGAGGAGAAGCGCUACAAAGCAGCCACUGUGCGUCCUGAACGGCCUCCCCCUGUGUCGCUUAAUUGAGAAGGUAUACAAAUGCUCUCAGUCCAGCCAGACACCAAGCCGAAAGGUUGUGCUGGCUGCAACCGAAAGAUCAAGGACCGGUAUCUUCUAAAGGCACUGGACAAAUACUGGCAUGAAGACUGUCUGAAGUGUGCCUGCUGUGACUGUCGCUUGGGAGAGGUGGGAUCCACGCUGUACACGAAAGCGAAUCUCAUCCUCUGUCGCAGAGACUAUCUGAGGCUCUUCGGUGUAACUGGAAACUGUGCCGCCUGCAGUAAGCUCAUCCCUGCCUUUGAGAUGGUGAUGCGUGCCAAGGACAAUGUUUACCACCUGGACUGCUUUGCCUGUCAGCUUUGCAAUCAGAGAUUUUGUGUUGGAGACAAAUUUUUCCUAAAGAAUAAUAUGAUCCUUUGCCAGACAGACUACGAAGAGGGUUUAAUGAAAGAAGGCUAUGCACCCCAGGUUCGCUGAUCUAUCAACAUCGCCCCAUUAAGAAUACAAAGCACUACAUUCUUUUAUCUUUUUUGCUCCACGUGUAUAUAAGAAUUGACCCAGGAACCUACUGAAUAGCGUAGAUCUAGGAAGCAGGAUGGCUGUAUGGAAUAAAAGGCGGACUGCAUCUGUAUGUAGUGAAAUUGCCCCAGUUCAGAGUUGAAUGUUUAUUAUUAAAGGGGAAAAAAGUAAUGUACAUAUUGCUGGAUUUUUUUGCUUGCUAUUCGUUUUUGUGUCACUUGGCAUGAGAUGUUUAUUUUGGACUAUUGUAUAUAAAGUAUUGUAAUAUUUGAAGCACAAAUGUAAUACAGUUUUAUUGUGUUACCAUUUGUGUUCUGUUUGCUUCUUUGUAUUGUUGCAUUUAGUACAAUCAGUGUUUAAACAUACUGUAUAUUUAUGCUUUCCGUAUCUACCAGCUAUUUUAAGUGAGCUGUAACUUUCUAGCAAAAAAUUAAAAAAGCAAGUAUCACUAAUGAUACACAUAGAGAUAAAGCAAAUCUAUCAGCAUUAAAAAUACUAACAGAUAAAGAAAGACACUCACACAAAGCAUUCUAGCAACACCCACAACCUACUGCCACUAAGAUAAAAAGUCUAUCAGUGUUUUCAUUAUAACCCCCUAUUUUCAGGGGGUUAAAGAUCAGCUUUAAAAAAACGCAUAACAAUUUCAUCUCAAAGCACUUUCAUUUUAUACCAACGUGAAAAGUGCCAUUUUUAGAAUGACUUAAUGCUUCGCAGUUAUCCUUUUAAUAUGCUUUAUUUGUGCUCUUUGCCCAGCCAAUGGCUUUGUUUUCUUGUGCAGCCAUUCGCCCCUUAGGUGAACUAGUGCCUUUGGGUAUCAUACGAACAUUUCCAAAGGGUUCCUUUAAAGAAGCAUGACCACAUUUAUGAAAUAACUCGAAAAAUAUAUCAAUUUCUUACACAAAUUUUGCCCGUGCCUGUCUACAGUGGCUAAGGGCUUAGAAACGUCAUGGACUGAUAAAUUUAGGACACUAACAUUUUGAUUUGAAUAUGAAUCUAUGAAGCUGUGUUCAUGGACCUGGAAGCUCGGAUCACACUUGCUCUGUGAAGUUACAUUUGGUCAGAGCAAACUGAUGCCCAUAGUGUCCUCUCGAAGAGAAACAAGGGGAUGGACAAAACGCUGGAAACGAGUGAUUAUAUAUUUUUCUGUAUCUUCUUGCCAUUUAUUGUAAUGCUCAAAGAGUGAACACUUUGAGUUUGACGUCUUACUCUCAUUGCUCUCUUGAAGUAAUUACCCACUCAGCAUACAUCUCACUUAGGCUGAGAUCUGUCACUUUAUUUUUUAAAGGUGAAAUAGUAUUCCCUCACCAACAUGAUAGCUGAUAAAGGAGAAAGCCUUCUAGCAUCAGAAGUGAUGGAGAAUGGUUAUGUACAUUACAAUUAAGGAAAUUAAAAAUGAAAAUAUGGCCCCGCUUCUUGGUUGCUCCCACUUUGCCCUUUUGCUUCCGCUCCUGUCGGCAGAAUUACUUUUCAAUAAACGUCAUUCAGGUGGGCACAAUGAAGCCUGAUUUUCCGAGAUCAAAUUGAGUGCCGAGGGCUUUGGUUUUUACUUCUUUUUAUGUCACUUGUACAGGACACAAUAUUUCCUAGUGUUUGCAUACCUCUUUUGUUCUGCCAAUAUUAUAUGUUACCGAUAGAGACUGAUUGCUAUACACGCAUUCCUGGUUUGGAGUCAACAUAUUAAGCUGAAAAUAAUGCUGGUGUAAAUUUGAGUUGUUUUAAAACAAAGCUAUAUCAUGAACAUGCAUGUGAAUCUGGAUAUUGCCUCUUAAAGAACAUGGUUGUGUGAAAAGUGAAUGAUAUGUAUUUUUACAACUGCUUCAUGGUAAAGUGUUCAAGUCACACGUCCCCCAAAUUUGAUGUACACUGAAGAGAUAAUGUCAAAAGUAGCUGCUAUUAUUUAGCCUUUGCAUCUUACAUUUGUUUCACGAAAAGGCUGGUAGAGCAAAACAAGCAAAAAAGCAAGCGAUAAGGAAAUGUUGCCACCCCGCUAGUUCCCAGAGUUGUUUGAAAUUCAUGUGGAGGUCAAGUUUUAACCAUCAGUAUCUUUUUCAAGUGAUUUUGUUUUGUUUUGUUUUCAGAUUUAAGCAGGUGGGGACAAAUUUAUCAAUAUGUCAAAAUACUUGUAAAUUGGGAGCAAAAUGUUUUCAACUUCUUGAGGCUGUUUAACUAUCCUUUCCACUCAAAGACUAAACAAGAUUGUUUACUGUCUUACUUAAUCCUUCCGAAAUUAAUCCUUACACUUUUUUUCCUCCAGUAUUACUCACCUGGAUUAAAGAUUCAGGCCUUAAUCUGUUUAGAUCAUCUUUAAUCUCCAUGAAAUUGUAAAACAAGAUAGAAAUACAUUUUCAGAUAUAGGCCAGUUUACAGCUAAUUACCCAUAAAUCGUAGCAUUUUUGACCAGAAGUACUAAACUAAACUGAUUGUUUUGACUCGUCAAGUCCCUGGAUUGUUGUCAAGUUUCCUUUUUGUGUUGUGAGCCCCGACCAUCACUUAGCUUGUUAUCUGAUGCCUCCAGUAGGGACACCUCGGAUGGAGCUGUGAUGUCUCCAGCCGGGAAGUGCGGUCCCUAACAUGCAUCUUACAUCGACUGCCUCUGAAGAAGGGCCCAGACCUUCCACCCCACCAGAGUGCUGGCUGAGUUUAAAAGCUGACCUGUGUUUGUAAUUUCACUUUCAUCUUGCUUAAUAAAUACCUGCUGGAUUCUUUCAUUCAUUUUUUAAUAUUUGGAUUUAUGUUUUUAAUAAAAGGGGUAUUGCAUUGU